GUUCACUUCAUCUCUGAAGUCUCAUAAACGCACGGGCCAAUAAAGCUCCUGCGCCACGCGCCUUUGGUGUUGCGCUCUGACGCGGGGAGAAGUGAUGGAAAUAAGCGCGCGGGUCGAUUAUAGGUCCUCGCGGCCUACGUACUUGUGUCAGAAUCCAAGUUUGUGACCAAUGACUUAAUAGCAACACCAGUAAUGCCAGAACAUGAUACAAAAUUCUCUCUAAACCGACACGCCAAGAGAAGACGGGUGGACAUCGGAGUGAAAAGAACUGUAAGCUCAGCUGCCACAUUGACCCAAACCGCAUCUGGCAUCAUCACAGCUAAUCCCACCGUCAUGAACGGGAUCCGUAAGCAGGACGUGCUGGAGAGUCAAGCUGCUAAGUUAGGGCACAGUGACAUGGGUGUCAUUAGGUCAAACAACGUUCUUCGCAAAUUGUUGAAGAGGACGAGCUCAUACGGAGAUGACAUGGUGCCUUUUCAUAGCGCCGCUAUAAUCAGCAACUUACUCAAGAGGAAUAUGUCCAAGGGUGGUGGAGACCAAGGUAUAACAGAAUCCAAAGCAUCCCAGGAGGACACUUGCAGCACCUCAUCCCAGGACAGCCCUCAAGAGUGCCCCUCGCCAUCUGCAAACGCCACACUGUACCCGUUUGACUCUGAUCGACUCAAUGAUGAGCACCUUCGGGCCAAGCGUGCCCGUGUAGAGAACAUCAUUCGUGGAAUGAGCCACUCACCCAACAUGACUGCUCCAUUAAUUCCCCGCGUAAAUGAUCGCGGCCAGAAUGAAGAUGGCGAAACCGAAGGUCCUCCGCAGUCCCGUAGCCCUCGAGACAACUAUCGUGAGAACAAGAGGAAGCAAAAGUUACCUCAGCAGCAGCACCGAAGCUACCAGCAGCUGGUUUCUGCACAUAAGGAGCAGAAGGUUGAAGAACGCAGGCAGUUGAAACUGCAGCUGGAGGACAUGCAGAAACAGCUUCGACAACUUCAAGAGAAGCUCUUUCAGAUGUACGACAGCACCGAUUCCGAAGCAGAUGGAGGGAAUAUCUCAGAAGACAGCGUACGAUCUGAUGAGGGCCUUGUCGAUGGCGACCUCAAUGAAGAUUCUCGCUCUAACAAUGACUUGGAUCCGGGACAGUUUUUGGAUCAAGCAAGGGCUCUACUUGGGGAACAAGUCUUGUCGGUUAGAGAAAAGCCAAAAAGGGAAAGUUAUUUAAGGGGGAAAGAUUUAAUCUCAAUGCAUGAAGAGGGCAAACAUUUGGCAGAAACCCUGAAGCAGGAGCUGAACUCCGCCAUGUCUCAAGUAGUAGAAACCGUGGUGAAAAUCUUUGCCAAAUCUCGUCGGACAACCCAGGACUACAUCGCUGGUAAUGGGGACAACCCGGACUUCCACUCCGCUCACCAAAGGGUGCAAUGCCUCGCUGAUGUCAUCAAUCCCAGCCCGCUUGAAUCAUUUGGCGGAGCCCCUCUACCUAGUGCCAACCACCAGACCGAGGCGAUGUCCCUGGUGGUGCGAAAGUCGCCAUUUGAGCACCAUCAGUCCUCUGCACUCGGGGCUGACGGUGGCCACCCACAUCCGUCUCUUCACCCGUCUUCUCUUUCUGCCAACAUGACCUUCAGCUCCCCAUCCUUCCGCCAUCCGUUUCCGCUCUCUCUCAUGGCUUACUCAUUCCAGAGUGCAUUUGGUGCCCCAUCAGCAGGAUACUCUAGGAAAGACCAAAACUUUCCCGACUCAAUGGAUCUGUCACGAGAAUCCAUAGGCAUGCCAACCAAAAUGUCUUCCGGCCACCAUCUAGGGCACCAUCGUUCCUGCUCACCAGUUCAGCCGGGAAGCACUGCUGAGGGGCCUUCGCUGUCAUUCAUCAAAUCUGAAUGUGGAGACCUUCAAGAUAUGUCAGACAUCUCGACCUACUCAGGGAGUACAGUCCAGGAGGGUUUAUCUCCAAACCAUCUGAAAAAGGCCAAGGUGAUGUUCUUCUACUCCAGGUACCCAAGCUCCAACACACUGAAGAUGUACUUCCCCGAUGUGAAGUUUAACAGGUGCAUCACAUCUCAGCUGAUCAAGUGGUUCAGUAACUUCAGAGAGUUCUUCUACAUCCAGAUGGAAAAGUUCGCUCGGCAGGCCAUUAAUGACGGAGUGCUGACGGCUGACGACCUCAGCGUGACUUGUGACUCUGAACUCUACAGAGUGCUCAACAUGCACUACAACAAGAGCAAUGAUUUUCAGGUUCCUGAACGUUUCUUGGAGGUUGCUCAGAUAACAUUACGGGAGUUCUUCAACGCAAUUGUGUCUGGUAAAGACGUGGAUCCGUCAUGGAAGAAGGCAAUUUAUAAAGUCAUCUGCAAACUGGACUCGGAAGUUCCGGAGAUCUUUAAAUCAAAAAAAUGCCUUCUCAAACUCCUUCAUGAGUAACAGGUUUUCUCUUUCUAUUCAAAAAUACAGUUUUGUAUUUUUUUUAAUUUUGUUAAGAUUUCUGCCAGUUUGUUAACAUUACACAGGUGAUAAAAAAUGUCAUGGUUUUGUUGGAUUUUAACCUUUUCUGUUUGGCUUUAGUUUUUUUAAUGAAUGUAGACCGAUCUCACGAUAACUUUAUGUGAAGUUUUGCAGUAUGGGUUCUGGAAAAACAGGGCAGGACAUUUGUAGGAUGACCGCUAAAUUGUAUAUUAUUACCAUUUUGAACUUUCUUUUUUGUUAUAUUUUGAAUGUUUGUUUUGCAAGACGUGCAUUUUUAUUUCAUAUAUUAUUCCAUAACAUAAACCUUGAUACACAAAUGUAAGGAGGAAGUUUUCUAGUAAGUAUAGAUUUCAUUUGUUCUUUCCUUUUUGGUUUGUUGAGGGUCUAAGGGAACGCAAUGCUAUUCUGUACAGAAUGUAACUUUUCUCACCGUCUGAGACGAUAGAAGCUGAUGCUCAUUCUGUUGUGUUUGCUCGUCUUGGCUCUAAUGGGAUGUGUUUCUGUGUUGGACACGCAUGUCAAGUCUUUCACACGAGGAAACGGUCUAUAAAACCUCUAAACACAAGUGUUCCUCGUCGCCUCGUUCUCUACAGAUCAUUCCAGACCUCUGAUAAGAGUGUUUGUGUGUUUAAAGUUUAUGUUCAUCUUUAGGACUGACAACUGGUGCUCUAUCUAAGUGAUCUUUUAUUUAUUUAUUUUAUUUAUUUUACAGUGCAGUAUUUUUAUGCACACGUACUGUACAAGGAUUCAUUACAAAAUAAGUCUCUUCAGGUUUCUGUACUUUGCAUUCAAUCAGUUUUGUUGGGAAGUGAAAAAAUGUAUUAUGCUUUUAAUGUUUUCUUUUCAUAUAUAAAGAAAUUGA